AUGCCACCCUCACCCACAACCAACGCACCCAAGACUCUCGCCGAUGUCAAGGAGCUUCUCAAAGACGACACCAUGGUCAAGGUUGCCGGCCUUGAUGUCGAUGGCAUCCUUCGCGGCAAGGUCAUGAGCAAGGACAAGUUCCUCUCGGCGGUCAAGUCGGACUUUGGCUUCUGCGGUGUCGUGUACGGCUGGGACAUGCACGACCUCACGUACCCUAGAGAACUGCUCGUAUCCAACAAGGCUAACGGGUACCGCGACAUUAUCGGUGAGGUUGACUUGACGACGUUCCGCCGCAUCCCGUGGGAGAACAAUAUUCCCUUCUUCCUCCUCUUCUUCCGCGACCAGGAGUCAGACGAGCACCUCCAGGUCGAUCCCCGCAGCAUCCUCGACAACCUCGCCACCAAGGCCAACGGCAUGGGGUGGGACUGCAUGAGCGGCGCCGAGUUCGAGUACUUCCAAUACGCCGAGACGCCCCAGUCUCUCGAGGAGAAGCACUUCGUAGGACUUACGCCCCUUACGCCUGGAGCGCACGGAUACUCGCUCCUCCGCACGUCCUUGAACAAGGACUACUUCUAUGAUCUGUACAACGUCUCAACAGCGAUGGACGUUGAAAUUGAGGGCCACCACACUGAGACUGGCCCCGGAGUGUACGAGACCGCCCUGGCAUACACAGACACUCUUCGCAUGGCGGACAACGCCGUGCUCUAUAAGCUCAUCGCCAAGAGCAUUGGCAUGAAGCACAACAUCAUGCCAACGUUCAUGGCCAAGCCAUGGCAGAACGAGUCGGGGUGUUCGGGCCACAUUCAUGUCUCGCUGCGCGACCGGAACGGCAAGAACGUGUUCGCGGUGACCGAUGCCGAGCUCAAGGCCGGGGGCCGCAAGGACGCACCCUUCCCUGAUCUUCGCUUCAUCUCACAGGAGGCCGAGUGGUUCCUUGCGGGCGUCCUGACUGGCCUCAGAGACGUGAUCCCGAUGAUGUGUCCUAACAUUAACUCGUACAAGCGCUUGCUCGGCGGUGAGCAGUACUGGGCUCCUGACACCGCCUCGUACGGGUACGACUCGCGCGCAGCUUCGAUCCGUAUCAUCUGCCCGCCGGGUGUUGGCUCAUACGCCUCGCGUUUCGAGGUUCGCAUCCCGGGUGCGGACAUGAACACGCACUUCGCCAUGGCGGCGAUCUUUGGUCUCGGCCUCCGCGGCAUCGAGCAGAAGACGAAGCUCCCGUACGGGCCAAUCGGCUCGCCUGGCGUCAACCGUGACACAAUCGUGCACCUUCCCACGUCGCUUGAGAAGGCGACAGAGGCGUUCAUGGCCAAGGACAGCGUUGCGCGCAAGGUGUUCGGUGACCUCUUCGUCGACCACUUUGGCGGCACCCGCGAGCACGAGCUCGAGCUCAACCGCCGUGCUGUAACCGACUGGGAGAUGCGCCGCUACUUUGAACUGGCUUAG